AUGGCCGUCACUGGGGAUGAGACCGAGUUAUCAUUAACCAAUGUGUCUUUUCCCGCAGCUGCCACUGGAGACAUCCCUGCCUGCCAGUUGCGCUCACCCACGACGGGCCUGAGCAUUGUGAUGGCGGCGACCUCACCUGGCCCCACGCACAGCCCGCUGCCACACCACACUGAAGAAGUCACCCGCAAGAGGGAGGUUCGGCUAAUGAAGAACAGAGAGGCUGCGCGGGAAUGCCGACGAAAAAAGAAGGAGUACGUUAAGUGUCUGGAAAACCGCGUUGCCGUGCUGGAGAACCAAAACAAGACGUUGAUUGAGGAGCUCAAGGCCCUCAAGGACAUUUACUGCCACAAGGGGGAGUAA